AUGGUGGAGAAGGGAAUGGCAGCAGAGAGUUCAAAUCCAUAUCCACCUCCUCUAGCAGCAUAUCAAGAGGUUGCCAGCUCCCGUGAACUGUUCUUGGAUACUUUAAAGAAACUUCAUGUUGCCAUGGGAACCAAAUUCAUGAUCCCCAUUGUGGGGGGCAAGGACUUAGAUUUGCAUCGCCUCUUUGUGGAAGUUACUUCUCGUGGUGGUAUUACAAAGGUUGUCAGGGAUAGAAAAUGGAAAGAAGUUACUGCUGUUUUCAGCUUUCCUUCUUCAGCAACAAAUGCUUCUUUUAUACUUCGCAAAUACUAUAGUUCAUUGCUUUACCACUACGAACAAAUUUACUUCUUUAAGGCUGAGUGCUGGACUCCUUUGUCUACCGGUGUCCUACAACCACAAAACAAACAAGCUUCACCUCUACAGAUUAUAAAUACUGAGACGUCUUUGUCUACUGAUGCUUUUCCAAAUGUGUCCCCAAUUACUGCUACACCUCAUGGAUUGGCUGAAAGCAUCCUACCUCCACAAAAACAAGAUGCUUCACCUCAACAGAUUAUAAAUACUUCUAUGUCUUUCCCUGAAGGGAAUGAAACAAGUUUCGACAAAAGUAACUUGGAAGGAUCUCGAAAGGUGAACGAGGACUUUGAAAUUGGGGCAUCUUUCCGAGCUGAAAUGGAGAAUAAAAAUGAGAACCUGGAGAAUUCAAAGAACGAAGAAGCAUCUGGGCUGCAGACGCAACAAGAUGUGGUUGGAUGCGAGGACAACAGUCCAGGACAUGGACAAAUUGUCAGCAAUGCAGUUCCUGUACAUCAGUUUCUUCCAAUGGCGGAUGCCGGCUUUAUGGAUCUUGACGUGACUGUUCAAACUGAAGGUAAUACCUCUGCUUAUGAAAAGAGUUCUGCCAAUUGCAAUUUGGAAGGUUAUGAAAAGACGGAUGAGGACUUGGUAAUGGGGACAACUUUCCAACUUGAAUUGGAGCUGGAAAAUGAAAAUGUUGAGAUUUCACCGAAUGGAGAAACAACUGCGUUGCAAAUGGGACGAGGCACAGUUGGAUGCGAGGCCAAAAAUCCAGGACUUGGAGGAAUGGAGGAAGAAGAAGAUGAUGUGUCAAUCCCUGUGGGAGAAGGAGAAGUUGACCCCAUUAACACCAGUGAAUCAGUUGCCAUCAACAAGGGCCAUGAAAGCCCUUGA